GGGGGGCUCCCGGCCAUGCGUCGGCCGGGGGUGCGUGGGGUCCUGAGCCGGGCGUGCCUGCUACUGCUGCCGCCCUGCGCCCUGGUGCUGGCGGCGGUGCCCGGCUCCGCGUCCCACCCGCAACCCUGCCAGAUCCUGCGGCGCAUCGGGCACACGGUGCGAGUGGGGGCCACCCACCUGCAGCCACGGGUCGCUCCUGCCGCCUGGCCCGGGGAGGCAUCGGGCGGGCGCCCCGAGGGUCCGCGAGGCCGGCGGGCGGGGGGCGGCGUGGGGGGACAGGCUCGGCCGCCCCCCUCGCCGCGGGACGCGCUGCUGCUGGCCGUGGCCAAGCUGAACGGCAUGCCCGGGCUGCUGCCCUACAACCUGUCUCUGGAGGUGGUGAUGGCAAUCGAGGCGGGGCUGGGGGACCUGCCCCUCUUCCCCUUCUCUUCAGCCAGCGCUUCCUGGAGCAACGACCCCGUCUCCUUCCUGCAGAGUCUCUGCCACACCGUGGUGGUGCAGGGGGUCUCUGCCAUUCUUGCCUUCCCGCAGAGCCGUGGAGAGAUGCUGGAGCUGGACUUCAUCUCGGCGGCGCUGAGUAUCCCAGUGGUCAGCAUCGUGCUGGACGACUUCCCUCGGUGGAGUCUGAACCCCCUUCACCUGCACAUGAGUUUAGAAAACUCACUGAGUUCUGAUGCUGACGUCACUUUCUCGAUUCUCGCAAUGAACAACUGGUACAAUUUCAGCCUGAUGCUAUGCCAGGAGGAGUGGAACAUCACAGAUUUUCUCUUCCUCACACAACAGAGCUCCAAGUUCCACCUGGGGUCCAUUAUAAACAUUACAGCAAACCUCACUUCAACCAGUGACCUGAGCUACUUGCAGUUUUACCUGGAGAGCGUCAAAGACACGACGUCAACCAUGGUGAUGUUUGGGUGUGACAUGGAGAAAACACGGAGGAUUUUUGAGGUAACCACGCGGUCUGGUGUGAUGCCUCCAGAGCUGCACUGGAUUAUUGGGGAUUCACAGAAUGUGGAAGAGCUGAGGACAGAAGGUUUGCCCCUCGGUCUGAUCGCUCAUGGCAAGACAACUCAGUCGGUAUUCGAGCAUUAUGUGCAGGAUGCCAUGGAGCUGAUAGCCAGGGCUGUGGCAGCAGCUGCCACGAUCCAGCCUGAAUUGGCUCUCAUUCCAAGUACAGUGAACUGCAUGGAUACGGAUGAAAGGAAUAUCUCUUCAGGCCAGUACUUGUCAAAGUUUUUAGCCAACACAACUUUUGAUGGUCUCAGUGGCCACAUUAAGGUGAAGGGCUCAUCCAUUGUCAGCUCAGAAAAUAACUUCUUCAUCUGGAAUCUGCAGCAUGACCCUGUCGGGAACCUGAUGUGGACACGCCUGGGGAGCUGGCAAGAAGGCAAGAUCAUCAUGGACUAUGGGAUAUGGCCAGAACAGGCACAGAGACAUGAAAGUCACUUUCAACACCCCACCCGGCUUCACCUGAGGGUGGUGACUCUGAUUGAGCAUCCCUUUGUCUUCACAAGGGAUGUAGAUGAUGAAGGUCUUUGCCCAGCAGGGCAGCUGUGCCUGGACCCACUGACCAAUGAUUCAGGUGUGCUGGACAACCUGUUUGAAACCCUCCAAGGGGGUAAUGACACUGUUCCCAUUGAGCUGAAGAAGUGCUGCUAUGGCUACUGCAUUGACCUGCUGGAGAAGCUGGCUGAGGAUAUGAAUUUUGACUUUGACUUGUACAUUGUUGGGGAUGGAAAAUAUGGUGCCUGGAAGAACGGCCACUGGACAGGGCUGGUAGGUGACCUUCUUGCUGGUACAGCUCACAUGGCAGUGACAUCAUUCAGCAUCAACACUGCCCGAAGCCAAGUGAUUGAUUUCACCAGCCCUUUCUUUUCAACCAGUCUGGGGAUCCUGGUGAGGACCAAAGACACUGCAGCUCCUAUUGGAGCUUUUAUGUGGCCACUUCACUGGACUAUGUGGCUGGGGAUAUUUGUUGCUCUUCACAUCACAGCUAUAUUCCUCACCUUGUAUGAGUGGAACAGUCCUUUUGGAAUGACCCCUAAGGGGAGGAACAGGAACAAAGUCUUCUCCUUCUCCUCUGCCCUCAAUGUCUGCUAUGCGAUCCUGUUUGGAAGAACAGCUGCCAUCAAACCCCCGAAGUGCUGGACUGGAAGGUUUUUAAUGAAUCUCUGGGCUAUUUUCUGCUUGUUUUGUCUUUCAACAUACACAGCCAACCUAGCUGCUGUCAUGGUGGGAGAGAAAAUCUAUGAAGAACUCUCUGGAAUACAUGACCCAAAGCUCCACCACCCAUCCCAAGGGUUCCGGUUUGGCACGGUGCGGGAGAGCAGCGCCGAGGAUUACGUGAGGCAGAGCUUCCCAGAGAUGCACGAGUACAUGCGGCGCUACAAUGUCCCUGCCACCACGGAUGGGGUGGCCUACCUGAAGCAUGAUCCAGAGAAACUUGAUGCCUUCAUCAUGGAUAAAGCACUCUUAGAUUAUGAAGUGUCAAUAGAUGCUGACUGCAAGCUCCUAACUGUGGGAAAACCCUUUGCCAUUGAAGGAUAUGGCAUUGGUCUUCCCCCCAACUCUCCGCUCACUUCAAACAUCUCUGACCUUAUCAGCCAGUACAAAUCCCAUGGUUUCAUGGAUGUUCUGCACGACAAGUGGUACAAGGUCGUUCCCUGUGGAAAACGCAGCUUCGCUGUCACGGAGACACUGCAAAUGGGGAUAAAACAUUUCUCAGGGCUCUUCGUGAUGUUGUGCAUUGGCUUUGGUUUGUCCAUUCUCACCACCAUUGGGGAGCACAUCGUGUACAGACUGGUCCUGCCACGAAUCAAGAAGAAAUCCAAGAUGAAGUACUGGCUCCAUACCAGUCAGAGAUUACAUCGUGCUCUGAACAGCUCACUUAUUGAAGAAAAACAUCAGCCUAAGAAAAAACGAGUGGAUAAGAGGGCCCACGUGGGUAACAGCCAGCAUGCAGUGUGGAACACAGCUAACCUGGGCAACUGCCACGGGAAAAAAUAUAUGUGUACUGAUGAGGGGCAAAAUGACAUGACAAUCCAUCAGCACCAGGACAUCCCCCUGCCACAGGGGAGGAGAGAGACUCCACCUUCCUUAACCACCAACGGAAAAGCAGAGUCUCUCAACACUGCCAGGACCUCAGUACUGCAAGAGCUGACAGAACUGGAGAAGCAGAUAGAAAUCAUCAAGCAGGAGCUGCAACUUGCCAUGGACAGGAAAUCAGAGCUGGAAGAGUAUGCAAGGACAAAUAGAACUGCAGAGUCCUAGGCCAGCACACCUGGGCC